AUGCGGGAUAACACCUAUGACGUCAUCAUAAUCGGUGGUGGCGCGGCCGGACUCACGGCUGGAAUAUACACUUGCCGCGCCGGUCUCAAGACGCUGAUGCUGGAGCGGCUGAUGCCGGGCGGGCAGGUAAUCAACGCAGCCCACAUCGAGAACUUCCCGGGCUUUCCUGACGGCAUAUCUGGAGCUGAAAUCGGGCCGUUGAUGCAGCAGCAAGCGAUGAAGUAUGGGCUGGAUAUACGUCUGGGCGAGGUCGAGGAGCUAACGCAGAAUGGCUCCUACUGGCAGGCAUCGGCCUGGGGCGAGGACUACUUUGGCAGUGCGGUCAUUGUCGCCGGCGGUUCAACUCUACGGAAGCUCGGAGUUCCCGGUGAGGAGAGAACUUUAUGGUGCAGGGGUGUCGUACUGCGCGACAUGUGA